CCCAAAUAGAGAUGGAUUCGUCGAUAAAAUCCCGUCUAGAUGAAUUGUUAGAGCCAUGCCAAAGGCCGUUGAACAAAUUCAUGUUAUAUAAACGAUUCAUACGACCGAGUAUCAUAACUCAAUUUCCUCAAGCAACGCUCGCAGAUAUUUCGAAAAUAACGUCGGAAAAAUGGAAGCUCGUUAAUAAAGAGACAAAGCAAAUUUUUGAAAUUUUGUCACAAAUUUGUGUCCUGAUAAAUAAGGAACUAAUGGGCAGAACAAACGAUAAUAAUGAAGGACAUUCGGCUUCUUCUAAUAAGCCCUGGGAAUUUUCUGCCACAAUUCCCCAGAUGAUCCUUUCGAAAAAUUCGUCUGGGGUAACUACAUUAAAUUUCACGAGAAUUGCACCAGUCGAUCAAAAUUCGAACGAUGAAUCGAUCUUGGACAAUUUUCUAAAUCAUUUCGAUUCAUAUAACCCGCCUAACGACCGACUUCAUAACUUAAAUGUCAUCGAA